UGGCUUGGAAUUCCACAGCGUGACGUCACCGCCUACAACAAAAACUCUCCCAGAAUUUUGGAUCAAGAAGUUUCACUUUUAAGGGGCUGAGGGGGGAUUUGAACCUCUUCUUUUAAUCCCUAGAAAGCGAGAUUUCAUCACACGGUAAAGGGCAUCGCUUCAACAGCCUUCCAGGAAUCCCGUACAUCCAAAGAGGAGACAAGGUGUCUGAUCCUGUAGUCCCCGCCAUCGCUUAGUGUUACAAUUUGGAACCAUGUGGAACCCGGAGAACAACAACGACCAGACGGGACAAGUGGCCGCUAGGAUGGAGACCACUCUGGGUAGCGCGAGCAUCUCCAUCUCCCAGCAGCAGGCACCCAAGAAAUUUGCGCCAGUGGUCGCACCCAAGCCCAAGUUCAACCCUUACAAAGCGACGGGAGAGCCCACCCUCUCUGACCCCGCAGUUAACUAUCCCCCCCCUCCACCACCUGCCGCAGAGUCAACCGGUUUCUCACCGCCUCCUGGUUCCUUCCCGUCGCCUCCACCGAUGAACUCCUGUGAUUAUCAGAUGAGAGGACCAGAGAAGACCCUGGAGGAGAGGCGCUCCAGUCUCGAUGCUGAGAUCGACUCCCUCACCAGCAUCCUGGCCGACCUGGAGAGCAGCUCGCCCUACAAGCCGCGCAUUGCACAAAACUCCUCGGCGGCCUCCUCGGCAGCCUCCACCCCCAGCGCUCCAGUGACCGGGUACAAGCGCAUGGUCAUCCCAACCCAGCCUCCUCUGACCGCCACGAAGAAGUCCACGCCCAAACCUCAGGCACCCGGGGGGGUCUCGUCCAUCCCCCCUUCUCCUGCCAGCACCAUGACCAGGGCUCAAAGCCACACCGCUCCUCAUCCUGUGCCAGCCUCCUACGCCACAGCCUCAACCCCGAGCCAGCCCACCUUCAACGUCCAGGUGAGGUCGGCCCAGCCCGGCCCCCAGCAUCAAGCCCCGAUUGGCCACCACUUUGGCCAGCAACCCAUUCGCAGCCCUGCACAGGUGCAGUACAUGCCUGCCCAGCCCAAAGGUCCCGACUUUGCCUAUGGACCACCACAGCCUGGCUUUUCCCAGAUGGCUCCGGUCGGAUACCAGGAACAUCACCAUCAAGGAGUACCCCAAGUAGGCGGCUUAAGUCUCAGGAGACCUGAGCCGGCCCCUGCCCAGGCAUACCAACCUCCAGGCCCCAGAAAGACCUACAUCACAGAUGUACCACCAAGCUUGGUUCCCUACACUGCUGGACCAGCUGUUCCACCAAAGGGCGGCUCUCACAUGGCCCACCCGGAGGACGAGCUGGAGCGCCUGACCAAGAAGAUGCUGUUUGACAUGGACAACCCACCGUCCGAGGAAUAUUUUGGGCGCUGUGCCAGCUGCGGAGAGAACGUGGUGGGUGAAGGCACCGGCUGCACUGCCAUGGACCAGGUCUUCCAUGUCGACUGCUUCGUCUGCAUGACCUGCAGCACCAAGCUGCGCGGCAAGCCUUUCUAUGCUGUGGAGAAGAAGGCGUACUGUGAGCCUUGCUAUAUUAACACCCUGGAGACCUGCAACAUCUGCAGUAAGCCCAUCAUGGAGCGCAUCCUGCGGGCCACGGGGAAAGCCUACCACCCCCACUGCUUCACCUGCGUGGUGUGCCACCGCAGCCUGGACGGCAUCCCCUUCACCGUGGACGCGUCCAACCACAUCCACUGCAUCGAGGACUUUCACAAGAAGUUCGCCCCGCGCUGCUGCGUGUGCUCCGAGCCUAUAAUGCCGGCGCCGGGCCAGGAGGAGACCGUCCGCAUCGUGGCCCUGGAUCGCGACUUCCACGUGCAGUGUUACCGCUGUGAGGACUGCGGCUCUCUGCUCUCAGAGGGGGACAACCAGGGCUGCUACCCUCUGGACGGACACGUCCUCUGCAAAAACUGUAACAGCAGCCGCAUCCAGGACCUCACCGCCAAGGCCACCACUGACCUCUGAGCGAGCCGCCCACCGGUCACCUCCACUGUGAUAACCCAACGCUCACUCUCUCCCUCUCUCUCGCUCCCUCUCUUUCUCUCUCUGUCUCGCAAACAUACAGAUCCACAGAUGCUUGCAUUCCUCAGCAUAUAUUUAUAUAUAUAUAUUUAAAUAUAUAUAUAAAUAUAUAUGUAUUUAUACCAUAUAUCCCUCUAUAUAUAUAUAUCCACCUUCAGUAACGAUAGCAUCACUCUCACCUGCACACAUGUAUGUAUUGACUCGGUACAAUGCACAGCAGAAGAGGAUGAUGAGAAGCUGUGGGUUUAUUGUUUUUCUGUGUUGUUAAAGAAACGUUUAGAGAAAUAUGCUCGUACACUUUCUGACUAAGAGUUAGAUGAUGCCACUGUCAUGUCAUAUAAAACUUUAUUACCUUAUUUAGAAAAGUACUAUAUAAAUGAAAUUUAAUAAAUUAUUAUUAUUAAGUCAGAAUGCUACAUACAAGCUAAUGUCAACAGGCGGAUAGCUUAGCUUAGCAUGAAAAACAACCAGCCUGGCUCUGUCCGAAGUUUAAAAAAAUAGGCGGCUUCCGGCCAGGAAAUAGUUUAAGUAAACAGCAACUUUUCUUUCUUUUUUUUGACUGAGCCAGGCUAGCUGUUUACCCCUGUUUCCAGCCUUAAUGCUAAGCUAAACUUAUAAUGCUGAACCAUAUAUUGAUCUUCUCAUCUAACUCUCUAUAAGAAAGCAAAUAAGCGUUUCUCAAAAUGUCUCAAAACAAAUAGCUUGAAAUCACUCCAAACAGUUACGAUAUUCAUCAUCACUCAGUGUUAUUAUCUCAUUUCAUAAUCAUCGUCAACCAGAGUGUUCAAGCCAUAUUUGUACGCAUGCAGGCCCAAUAUUUGUUGGGUCUAAAAUGGAGUCUUGAGACCACCGAAACAUGAAAAAUGUAAAGGACCUGCCCUGCUGGGUGUGUGUAUGACUGCGUCAGUAUUUAGAAAAUCCAUGAGCACACAGUGUGUUGGUGAGGACAUUAUUUUUUAUUCUUAUUUGAUUCAGUGCAAAUCCACAGACGGUACUCAGAGAGGGAUAACAUUCUAAAACAGUUCUGCACAAGUGAGCACCAAAGAAUUGAAUUUAAGCUGCCAUAUUUACUUUGUGCUUAUCCGCAUGCAACUACAUUAAACGUUCCAUUAUAUCGAUCGGGACCACAGGAAACCACAGUGUAGUUCCCAGUGUCAGACAAAAUCCCCAGUAGGCAGCUGUUGAAUGCAAUUCCCUUUUUUAAACACAAUGUUUCCUUUUGUACUUUUCCAAAUGGAGUUUGCUUCUAUGCAUACAAUAGAUACUUUUCUGUUGGCCUGAACAGUACAGUCAUGGCUCUCCAUUCAUAUUGAUACCGCCUAAUGUUUGAGUUUAAUUAUAUGGUUUUUGAGCAGAUAAUGUAACUCUUUCUCUCAUUUACAGUGACAUAGGUUAGAUUAGUGACUUUAGUGUACGCAGUCCGGCAGAGAAAACGGAUUAGAGAUGGCUAUGCAAUUUUUGAUGUUAAUUGCAUCGACACUUUAUAAGAAAUUUUAUGAAUAAGGAAAUAUUUUACCUGUACAGAUUGGAGCAUAAGUGUCCUUAUAGUAAUCCUUUAAUCAAAACCUAUGCUGUUGGUACUGUGUGACUUUGUGUGUCACUGUGCUGUGUGUCUGUAUUGAUUGUGACACUUGUCUUUUAUAUUUAGUAUUUGUUUCGAGUUGAAUGGGCGAAGAAGGGACCACGAGAGUGAAAAUAUGGCUGAUUUUAUUAUUUGUUCCAUCCAAGAACGACAGUCAGCUGACCAGUAUUUUGACUGUUUGAUAUAAUAGUUGCUUCAUUAUAAUUACUAGAGGAAUACGAUGAUGAGGCGAGUUAAAGAUACCCUGUGGAGUUUUUCACCACUAGUGGCGCUGUUGAGCGAUGUUUUUCUGAUCAGGUCCCUGUUUUGUUUGAAACCGCACACGGAUCCAUAUGCAGAGAUGGGGCCAAAGGGGCCGUCACAGGCAGGGGCCUCCCGUUGAAUCUGAUUGGCCGAUAAUUUGCAAGCCAACGGGGUCUUUAGCAUCAGAAUCAGAAACGUAAAACAACUGAAAAGAGACACAAAAUCACCACAGCCACCAAACAACUACAGAAACUGCUGUUAAAAACGACGUUUUGUGCGUCUUUCAGUCAGGGGGGUCCUAUAUAGGAGGGGGGGUCUUUAUAUGUCUGUGUCCAAGGGCCCACUAUGUUAUAAUCUGUCCAAGGCUAUAGGUGUCCGCUGAUGGACAUUUGGUGUCAGUAGAGUGCUAAGGAGUGAAGAAGAUGACCACAAAUGAGCAACCAUUGAUGUAAACGUUGCACAUUUUAAAGUAUUCAAACAAUCGGCUUUGCAAAUGUCUUAUGAGAGAGAACAUUAAUUCAAUACGUUUGCCUUCUUUGUGUUGAAUUUUUUUUACAAGAAAACUCCACAGGGUACCUUUAAAGAUCAAAGACAUUGUAGUAGAGAAGUACCGGUCUGCCUAUUUAUCAGCUGGAUUGGUUCACAGUAUUUCCCUAAGCCCCGAUGUCUUGUGCACGUGGAUGGAUAUAUUAUGAACAUAGCAAUCCAUUAUGAUUUUCAUAGAACUCUCUUUACUGUUGUGCUCACACAUUGAGAUGUGGGUGUUUGCUGCCAUUUGGAUAUAAGAAAGUGAUAAUACCAACACAUAUACUGUAUCUACUGUAAUCAGUGAGUCUGGUUGCAUCAAAACGUUUGUGAUGGACUACGACUGUGGCCAUGUUUUAACCAGGGUAAACGCCUUGUAAAUAACUCUGCUAAUAAGCCCGUUGAUAAAUUACAUUUUUGCUCUGACGCAUUUUGUACGAAAAGAAGGGAAAACUGUUUAAAAUCUAAACAGAAAUUUAAAAGUCCCUAAAAACUCACUGUUCCUCUAGAAGGGUUAGGCCACUCAUCAUGUCCUCAGGAAUGUUUCCAUCAAUAUUUUGAGCGCAGUUCAUCGGUCACAUACAAAAAAACUUUAACAACUAAAAGCACAAAACUUAGGCCGGGAGCACAAUUUACACUCAUGUCCAGCUAUUUUUUUUUUUAAAUCUUAUAUUACCAGUUAUUCAAAACAGAUUACUAUAAAUAAAUCAUUCUGUAGGAGAAAAGCAGUGCGUCUCCCUAGUUACCAAAGACAUCUACUCUCCCUAUUUUAUCUCUUAAUGGCAUAUCACAUCAGCCACAUGAGGUCCAAACUUAGAUCCAUCUCAUCGGUUAAUUGGACAGUUGACUCAGUCAGCCAGCUGAUUAUCCAUUGUCAGGCGAUAAAUGACAAAAACAAACAGUCUGUGUGUCAUUUUGUCACACGUGUUGCUACGUAGGUUUCAGUGCUCCGAUUGGUUGCCAUGGAGCCCGGCUCAGUUGGUAUCUCCUGUUGGCCUUCUGUGAGAGGCCGUACAGGGCCGUCCGACCUGCUGGCCGGGAUAAUUAGACCGCAGCGUUAAAGUUACAACGUGAAGGUUUCAAAGUGACUAAACAAAUAAUGAAAAAAAACCUACAGGUGGUGAAUUUCAAACUAGUAUUUGAACAAGGUUCAGUGAUGCUCAUUUAAAGGCUCUAGUUCACGUGUUUGUCAUAGACAAUUGUGUCUCAAAAUAUCCCUGACCUAGACCUUUGUGCUUUUGUAUUUUCUACCAAAGUCUUCUCUGAAGCCAAAAUCAGUAUCCAUUAUUCAGAUCUGCCUCUGGUACAUGUCAUUGUAUCACUGCAGCAACAUGUAGAGGCAACAUCUGCCGUGCUUCCAGGAGUGCCUGUCGCACAGCCGAAUCAUUCCGGUGUUUUGUUUAACUUAAUUGGUGACAGCGUGGCAUCCAUUGAUUGUGAGCUACAAUAUCAACAAUGAUGUAAUGUAUAAUCAGGCCAUCAAUCGGAAUUUAAUAUCUUUGAGAGGAUACACCAGUGUUAGUUUGGUAAAGGUUGGUCAUUUAAAGCUGCAUAAAAAUAUAUUUCUUAAAUAAUGUGUAGUGUAAAUGAGGUCAUUUGUAGCGAUGAACCCGCAGAGAAUUAUUCCCAAAUAGCAGACAGGCCAAGUUAGCAGCUAGCAGGUGAACAUAGUGGAGCUUGUGUCAAGUUGCGUUGCGCCUAAGAAGUUUUAAAAUAUGAAUUUAAGCAGAAUAUUUAAUAUAGAAAAUAAGUUAGCUAGUGCUUUUUUUAUUCUAGGCUACAGUUUUUUUCUGGUUUUAAAUCAUUUCGAUUAAACAUUUGAAAGUGUUGGCUUAUUAGCACGUGUUUCCUAUAAAGCGUACCCUGUCACAGAGUUAAACCUUCAUGUGCCAUAAAACAGAAUCAAACUCUCCUGUUUACGGUGUUUGUUCGAGGGCAGCCUGUGAGCACAUCGGUCAUGAAGCUCCAUGCUACAAGUAUAAAGAAAAAAAGAGCCGAAUGAUAUUUUUUUUAAUUUGUCCGGUGUAUUUGUGUUGUUCUACUGUCUUUGUUCCAUCCAUGUUUGUAAAAGUGCCUUUGGCCGAGCGGCAUCAAAUUGCAGUAUUGCCCGUGUUUACUUGUCCUUGCCAAAGUAAAUAAAGAGGGAUCCCUUUGUUCCGGGCCAAGUCUGCAUCCUCACAGUAGACCCUCCCAUCAGCCACCUCGCUCAGGGCGGCAUCGAGAGUGAAAUUCACAGCAAAGAUCUUGACCCUGUUGUUCCUCAUCUGUUCUUGAUCUAUGGAGGGGGCAUGCAGUCGACUGGUGUUUCUCUCUCUUUCUUCAAUAAAAGCUUUGCA